CGUCCGAGUGCGCGGACGCUGCACAAAACAAGUGUGUAACGCUAUUACACACGCACACUUGAUAUAAUAGUGAUGUAAAUCGAGUGACAUGCGCAGCGAUUUUUUUUGCAAAGGUGUUUGUUUACGGCACUAAUAACAGUGUAGCGGGUGUGCGGAACAAUUGACCGACAAGUGACGCAGACAGUGAUGUGACAUUGUUCCCGAGGUGCUUUGUGACAGUGAUUUAAGGGCUGUGUUCUGUGGGGGUUGUUGCUGGCGCAGUGACGGAAGAAGUUUCGGAAAAGGACGAAACGUCACCGGGUCUGCCGUCACUGCAGAUGGGAGUGUUUGAAGAAAGAGCUUCUCACACGCCCGGGAUGCAUUGGCAGCAGCACGAGCAGUACAUUGGCCCGGCGUACGAUCCAUCCCGCGACCUAUCGCCGAACUUGCCAUCGUGCGACUCGUCAAUGGGUGACGCUGACCCUUCGGUAUCCAGCGGCAGUUCUUGCAGCACCCCCUCGAACAACAACCACCAGUCGUGCGGUUCGGAUACGUGCCGGCCGCCCCCGGCCAACCAACCGCAGCCGCCGCCCGGCGAGAUUUGCAGUAGGCCGCACUCGUCCUUCGAACACCACAUACCGAAACUCGAACCGCUGCAGACGCCGGGGACGCCGCCGACGCCGCCUCCGAGCUGCGCCGCCGGCGACGACGCGAACGGGGCCGUGUGUGCGGGGUGCGGGAUGAGGAUCACGGACAGGUUCUAUCUGCAGGCGGUGGACAGGAGGUGGCAUGCUUCCUGUUUGCAGUGUUGCCAGUGCAGGAAUACGCUGGACGGGGAGAUCACGUGUUUUUCGAGGGACGGGAAUAUUUACUGCAAAAAGGACUACUACAGGCUGUUCGGCAUGAAGAGGUGUGCACGUUGCCAAGCGACGAUCAUCUCUUCAGAACUGGUAAUGAGGGCCCGCGAUCUCGUCUUCCACGUCCACUGUUUUUCCUGCGCCGUGUGCAACUCACCCCUGACCAAAGGCGACCAUUUCGGGAUGAGGGAUGGGGCGGUGUUGUGUAGGUUACAUUUCGAAAUGCCCGUAACGGAGCCGCUUCCGCCCGGAAUGUUCCCUCCCGGAAUGCACCAUUACCCGCCGCCGUUUCCCAGCCCGGAAUUCCAUCAUCAGAUACCUCCCCCGACUCCGGUCGAGCCAGUCGGUAAAGUUCCUUUCUUCAAUGGGGCGCCUACGACGCCCAGGCAAAAAGGCAGACCUAGGAAGCGGAAACCCAAAGACUUGGAAGGGAUGACGGCGAAUUUAGACUUAAACUCGGAUUACUUGGAUAUGUCCUUCGGUCGUUCACCUGGUACUCCUGGUAUGCAUGGCUCCAAUCAAAGGACGAAAAGGAUGCGGACGUCUUUCAAACAUCAUCAGCUGCGUACGAUGAAAUCCUACUUUGCAAUAAAUCAUAAUCCAGAUGCCAAGGAUUUAAAGCAAUUAUCUCAGAAGACUGGCUUGCCCAAAAGGGUACUACAGGUGUGGUUCCAAAACGCCCGCGCCAAAUGGCGGCGGAUGAUGCUGAAACAGGAGGGUAAAUCCGGCGACAAAUGUUCAGGGUCGGAGAGCAUGAGCGACCUCGACUUGUACCCCCACGGUCCUGGCUCCAUGGCGUCCAGCAUCCAGUCCAUGGCGCCCCACAGCCCCCCGUUCAUCCUCCCUCCCGGCAGCCCCUCGUCACUGGACUGCUCGUGAGGUCUACACAAAAAUUAGAAAAAGUAUUUAUUUUGGUGACUACGAUUGUGAUUAAGAAGAAAGAAGAAUCAUUACUCGUGGACUGUUUUGUGUUAGUUUUUGUUUCGUUGUUAUUAGGAAGUGGUUUGUACUUACUAAAUAGAAAUUAAUUGGCGAGGGACACGUUUCCUAUAUUCCAGUGCAAAAAUAGUUGAGGUUAAUUAUUCAAAGUGUCCCAUCAUUAAUUAUGUCGAAGACAGCACACGCACCAACUCACAUGGAAUCCAUCAGUGUCAAAGCGGUUUUCUAUUUUUGAAAGGAUCGAAAUCGUCACGGAUUUUUUUUAAGAGAGAAAAACAGACGACAAUAAUUUCCUUCAUUAUUAAUUUUAAGACACACGAUACAUUGUUCCUAAAAAUAAAUAAAUAAAAAUUUAAUUUAAUUUACUGUAAGGCGGCACUUGUAAAUAAAAAGCAACUGUUUAACAGUCUUCCCUUCACCCUAUUUUAUCCGAUUUGAUUUUAACGAAAUUUUCGAUAAAUUAUUGUCUUCCUCCAUCACGGCCAAAACGACUUUUUUAUCAGAUUAUAUUAUUGUUUAAAAUAAUAUUGUAAUAUUCAUUGAUGAUAAUUCCUCUUUUUUGUAAGUUUGCAAAGAAUUUUUUCGUUAUUGCUAAUUAUUAUUUUUUUAAUUUAUUCGUUCGGUUGGUUUGUUCUUUGCAAAUGCGUGGUUUUGAUGUGUAAGUGGUUUCGUAUGGAUGGAAAUUGUUGAAUGUUGGCGCUACCUCGAAAUUUAUUGUAUAUAAAGGUGGUAGCAUAUUCCUAUUAAUAAUAAAUAAUUUGACCAUUUUAA